AUGCACAACACUGAAACAUCAAGCAAUCCAGAAGGAGGGAUGCAUUCCUCCUUUUCGGAGCAACCGCACAAUGAUGAUGGUUAUGAUGAAGUAGAUACCAUUGGAAAAGGAAUCAUCAGUCCUAAAAUUGUGUAUCAUCCCUAUUUCCAAAUUGCAGCGUUAUGUUUUGUGUUGGGUCUGAUUCUUUCUGUAACAACUCCUAUUGCAGGAUAUUACAUCUUGGAUGGAAUUUACCUGUCCAUGAAUGGUCCUUCUCAUUUAUUCUCGGUCUCGGUAUUAACUACAGUUGGGCUAUUUCUCUCUGGAUUGGCGUUGAUUGUGGUUGCUUUUGUCAUGUCCGUUCUUUCAACGCAAUGGCAAUACAUUACCAUCGAGAGCCAUAAGGAACGUUUCGGGGCUGGUGAUCUCUAUGGCGAUCAACAAACAAAUGAGGCAGAGGAAUCCAAGUAUGCGAGUCGUGUCCUCUUAGCAACCAAAAGAACUUUCAUCAUUUCAUGUGUGUUUACGGUACCAUUUACUUUGGUUGGUUUGUACUUGGUAUCUUGUGGAAUUUAUGCAGUGAGUACAACUCCAUCAUCAGCAUAUCCGGCUUUCACAAAUGUCGUUGAUAUGGUUGGAUUUGCUCUUGGCUUCUUAAUGCUUCAUUGCGGUUGUGCUAUUAUUGCCAUUGGUGGAAUAAUAAGCAUUUCCUUAUAUCGCAAAUGGAAGAAGGUUCAAGAUCCUUCUUCUUCUGGCAGUAGCCCUCACAUGGUUAGUCUAAAGAGAAACAUCAAGAAGUACUUGUGUUGUAUUGAAGGUCAAGUUGUAGCAGAUGAAGAAUAA